AUGAUAGCAUAUCUAGUAGAUCGAGGGUUUCUUGAUUAUAACGAAAAAGUAUCCACAUAUUGGCCAGAAUUUGCUCAAGGUAAUAAAGAAAAUGUUACACUUUUUGAUUUAAUAAAUCAUCGGGGUGGUGUAAACUUUCUUGAUACACAAUUGACAAAAUCCGAUUUAGAAGAUCUUGAUAAAUUAGCGAAAAUUCUUGCUGUUCAACCACAUGUAUUUGAUGGAGUUCCUGUUCGUGCAUAUCAUGCAGUAACUCUUGGAUGGUAUUUAAACGAGAUUGUUCGUAGAGUAGAUCCAAAACAUCGUACUAUUGGACAAAUUAUCACUGAAGAAAUUUCAACACAAUAUGAUUUAGAAUUUUAUUUAUCAUUACCACCAAAUAUUUUACCAAGAGUUGCAAAUGUUUAUACUGCACCUAUUACUGGGAAUUUUAUGUGGAUGCGUAACCUUUUAUCAGAUUUGUGGAAUAAGAAGAUAUCAAUUUCUUUUAUUUUGAAUUUAUUAGAUCGAGAUGAUUUAAUGAUUAAAACUUUUAAUCAUACGUUUCCUGGUCUUCCUAAUAUUUUUGAACUUGGAGAAGUUACAAAGUUUGAAGCAUUCAAAUUUGAAGGUCCAAGUGUAAUUGGAUUCACCAACGCAAAAUCAAUCGCUAAAUUAGGUGCUAUUAUUACGAAUAAUGGACAACUUCUUAAUGAUAAUAAUAAUUAUAGACCUCUUCUUUCAAAAAACACUAUCGAUCUCAUGUCUACUAAAUUACCAAUAGCUUGGGAUUAUAUUUUUAAAGGGAAUGUUACUUAUUCAAUUGGUGGAUUUCCAUAUAUUAGAUUUCCUGGUAUUGAAGAUGUAGAAUUCUUAGGAUUGGGAGGAAUUGGUGGAAGCAUAUUCAUAUGGAAUCAAGAACUAGGAAUCUCAUUUGGUUAUGCCAUGAAUGCUAUAUGGCCUCCUAGGAUAUUUGACAUUGGGGAUGAAAGAGGAUGGGGUGUGUUAAAAGAAAUUGUAAAUGUUGUCAAGAAAUUGAAAAAAGAGCAAUCUGAAAGCUCAUUUACAAAGAAGUAA